AUGUCCAGAACGGCUCUUUGCUUCGAUGACGGAAACCAACCUCAUCUGCUCGACACAAGCCAACACGACGACCCAGCUAACAACUUGUGCGUUGAGAUUGUACGGUCCCUUUCCGGCGACAUCGAUGGCGAUAACCAAGAGCUCUUGGUUAAGGUCCUUUCCAAACCUACGACCAACCUCAAGUUGCCCGUUCCCGACACCCAAGAACAUGCGAUUGUCAAGAUCUUCGACCCAAUGUUCUACCCGGAGUAUUUCCCCGCAGAAGAAGGUCCUUGGAAGGUGACAUCCAGAGCCGACAUGAGACUGAGCCGCGAGGCGGGCGCAUACAAGGAACUGCACGACAACAACCUGACUGGCUAUCCCCAUCUCGCUCCUCAGUACUACGGCUCCGAACUACUUGCUGGGGUUGUCGAACCGGUAUACAAAGGAGUCUGGCAUGAGUACGUGGAGCCUGAGAACGUCCUCGUUACCAUGGGGAAUAAGUCAGCCAUCCUUGAGACGCCCCGAGUUGCCCUCAUCGCCUACGACAUCAGCACCAUCGAUUCCAAGUGCAAGAAGACCAUGAACAGAUGGGAGAGAUUUCCUCACCCUCCGCAUCCAGCCAAAUGCUUCGACCUUGCCAAGCUAUACGGUUUUGGUGGCUGGUGGCCUCUCGAGUGGGGAGAAGCAGUGGAAAAGGGAGAAGAACCACCCUUCAAGACCUGGCUCCUUAAAAUGUUUGGACCACUUGAUUCCGAGAAGUACUCGUACUUGAGGCUCUACCGUCGUCAAUGGCUGGUGCGCGAGAAGCAAAUCAAGCAAGAGCUGGAAAGACGAGCGAAGAGGCAGGUAGUCGGGGCGAAGAGAGAGGCCGCCAAAGAUAAACCCGAGGCCAAGUCAUAG